CCUUUCAAGCAACACACGCACUCAGCACACUCACUCGAAACAUUAAAACCAACCAAAAAUGUGCCAGCAAGUCGUUGUCGUCGCCACCACCAACAACAAGAUGAAGACCAGCUACAGCAUCAAGCAGGUCUUGAAGACACUCUUCAAGAAGCAGCAGAAGCACCGGGAACAGAAGCCCCAGGGCUCUCUGGAAUCCCUAGAAUCCGUCGACAACCUGCGCAACGCCCAGGUUGAGGAGGCCUACUAUGCCGAGAUCGAUGAGAACGCCGCCAACGAGAAAUUGGCUCAAAUGGAAAACUCCCAGGAGUUCGAGAUUGAGGAGGAGGAGGAGGACGUCUAUGUCCCAGUUCGCUUCGCUCGCACCACCGCCGGCACCUUCUUCUGGACCACCAAUCUUCAGCCAGUCGCCAGCGUUGAGCCCGCCAUGUGCUACUCCAUGCAGUUCCAGGAUCGUUGGGCCCAGGCCUAG